AUGGGAGGUAGCAGUGGUGGCAGUGGUGCAUGUUGUCCACCGACCCCAUCCUGUCCUCAAGCAAAUCAAUGUUCUUCGAGUUACGUAUCUCCUCCUUCAUCUGGUCCAGCCAGUUAUCCAAUUCCUCCUUCAUCGUAUGCUCAACAACCUCAACAAUACGCUCAACCAGCAGUCGCUGCAGCGGUGCACCCACCACCUUCUCCAAAAUAUCCAACUGCUGGAAAAUAA